AUCAUGACAGAAGAUGACGGAUACCGUUGUAGUGGAGGGCCAAGUUAAACUUCGAGAUGGGAAAAAGUGGAGAAACAGAUGGGUCGUUUUGAGGAAGCCGUCCCCAGUCGCAGACUGUCUGUCCCUGCUGGUGUACAAGGACAAGGCGGAGCGGCACAAGGGCCACCGUGAGCGCAGCUGCCUGACCCUGGGGGACAUCUGCGGCCUGGAGCUGGGCCUGAGCUACGAGGGCGUGGGCUUCACGCUGGCCAUCAUCAGCCUCACGCAGGCCGUGCUGCUGGGCUUCGACCGCAGGGAGAGCCUGCUCACCUGGGACCUGCGCAUCCGCUACAGCCUCGGGGAAGCCCACAGGUUUAACGUCCAUGUCCUCCCAGGCACCAAACUAGAGACUGGACCUGCCACCCUUCAUUUGUGCAACAACCUGCUCGUCGUCACCAGGGACCUCCCCCCGGUUGUUGCCGGCCAAUGGAAACUCUCUGAUCUGCGGCGGUAUGGAGCGGUGCCCAAUGGCUUUGUGUUUGAGGGCGGGACUCGCUGCGGCUGCUGGGCUGGAGUCUUCUUUCUUGCCUGUGCAGAGGGGGAGCAAAUUAGUUUCCUCUUCGACUGCAUCGUGCGAGGCAUCUCUCCCAGCAGGAGUCCGUUUGGACUGAGGCCUGUCCUGCCAGAUGCGGGCAGUAAAGCGAGCUCGUCGGAGGAGAAGAUCCAGCAGGAGGCCAGUGAGCUGGAGAGACGCCUCAGUAGACUGUCCACCUGCAGCCGCCAGAGCAGCACAGCGUCCACCUGCAGCUACAGCACGUCCACCGCGGGGGACGACUGUAGCAUGUCCAGCUCGUCCUCGGAGGCCAGCCACUCCGACACCAGCCUGGGCAGCCGCCUGACCCUCUGGCCCGAGUCGUCCAGGCGUCCCCUGACGCCGCUGACCGGCUCUGUGUCCAGUAGCGGCGCGGCGAGCACGUCCCGCACCCCCACGCCCACGUCCAGACGCACGCUGACGCCGUCGCUGAGCGCCGAGGAGAGCCUGUACGCGGCGGUGAUGGGCGGCGCGGGCGGGGCCAUCCUGCGGCCCUCCUCGUCGGCGUCGUCGCUGAAGCUGGGCCGCGGGCGCGGGCUGAGGGACGCCGGGCGCCAGGGCUCCACGGACAGCGGCAUCGCCACCACGGGCAGCCACUCGUCCUACUCCGGCAGCUUCUCCUCGUGCACGGGCAGCCUGGACAUGGCGGCGGUGGAGGCGGAGGAGUUCGGCUCCCUGCUCAGCCUGCCCCCCUCGGCCUCCGUGUCCAGCCUCCUCCUCGGCCCGGUGGGGGUGUCCGGCACGAGAGCCAGCGUGGAGCUCAGCUGCUCCUCCUCCGCCUCCUCCUCCUCCUCCUGCUCCUGCUCGGUCUCCACGGGCACCACCCCCACCCCCUGGGCCCACGCCAGCAGCUCGGAGUACCAGGUGCCCCUCGCUGCCAGAGACCAAGAGCUGCCCACGCCGCCGCCAACGCCGCACUUCCCCUUCUACGACACCCCGAGGCGCAUCCUGCCCCCGAGCGCGCUGACCAAGGACUGGACCGGCCUCGGCGGGGCCGCGGGGGGGCAGGAUCGAGGCGCGGGGCUGCGUGAGGCUUUGGCCUCGGCAGGGCCUCCCAAAGGCUUUCCGGUCCCUCCUCAAGCAGGCGCACCGAGCCCAAACACCUGCCCAGUGUGUAGAGGAGCAAAGUGCAGCCACUUUUUUGAUACUACUUACAUCACUCAAGAGCAGUGCGUGUCCGUUAGGAGAAAGUGUUCCACACAGGGAACAGACCCCAUGCAGCCUGGAGGACUACCUUCACCCACACCUGGACCAUCUUUUCCUGAAAGGAGUCCAAGUCAAAUGUCCGCUGUUUGUCCCUCAGCUGUUGAGCAUACGAAAGAGCCUGAAAUGGUUCCAGGAACCCUAGAGUUUGAAGAAAGAGGCCGGUAUGAACUGAUGGGCACCUACGCUCAGCUGCAGAGGAUCUCUCGAGACACGGAAGCCAGCUUGCUGGUGAAACCUCCAUUUUUCAUUGGCUCCCCGAGGCUUAUUCGACAGGCGUCCGCGUGCGCUGAGCCAAAGGAGAACUACGAGCGGAUGGCCUUAACCUCCGAGGCGCCGCGUAGGAGUGACCUCCCAUCUGGAGACGGUGGUGCUGCAUUGCCAUCUCCAGUAGAUGCCACCAGGAUGCCACCAUCAGACCGGUUUCUUGGGGACGGCAUCAACUACGUGAACAUCCCCAUCAGCCCAACGUCCAAGAGGCAGCUCCACUACAUGGAGCUGGACCUGCAGGACCUCCAGGAGCCCACUGCUGCAGUCAGGGGAGGGGGCUCCACUAAAUAUGCCCAGAUUGAUAUCACCGCCAUGGAGGCCGCACAGAGAGUGGGAGCACAGCACGCACUAGGACGAGAGGAACGCUUACAGGAACUGGAGCAGAGGAAGAAAGGGACAAUGAAUUGAGACACACACACACACACACACACACACACACACACACACACACACACACACACACACACACACACACACACUCACACACUCACACACUCACACACACACACACACACACACACACACACACACACACACUUACAGGCACACUCACACGCACACUCAAACAGUUCCUCCAACAUUCAACACUGUCGCUACUGGUCUGAUUAGUAGGUCCCCAGACACACUGCCUUCAGGCUGGCGGUGCUGCUGGGAGGUACAGAGAUAGAGAUGUGUGUAGAUUAUUAGAGCCUAAUCAAUCGACAUUGUUCAUAAAAGAAAAAUAGACAUAUUUACAGGGGAAAAGAUGCAUAGAUGCAUUCAAGUUGCAUGCGUUUUGAUGACAAUAAAGAAUCUACAAUGUACAUUUGAACACUAAUCGUGAGAAAAGUGUUAGACAUUUAAGAGAUGUUUUUAAAACAUUUAUUAGUGAAGCUUUUAAAUGGCUGUUAAUAACCUUAUGUUGCCACUGGACACAUAUUUACGCAAGCGGUGGCGGUCUACUAAUGAGUUAAUUAUGACUAGCUUUCCUAGGGAAACUGGAGGCACUGAAGUGCGUGUUUUCAAAUUAGCACAAGGCCUGAGGGCAGGUAAGCGUAGCCUUCACAUUAAAGACGCCAAAGAGCGGAGGGAAGACAUGUAAGACCUUUUAUGCUGCUGUGAUCUCUUCAAUUAUCCAAGCUUUCCAAGACUCAUUUUAGCCUUAAACGCCGACUGUUUUUACAUACAACUUUUUAUACAAUCACGUGUCUCUACCUUACAGCGACAAACAAUCCAAUGGUGUAGAUGAUGUAGUAUGCCCGUGAGUACUGAAUGUGUGAAGGGUCAAGGAUUAUUAUAUUAUUCAUACCUUUUAUACGGUACACAGAGACGGCAUUGUCAUAUAUGCAGUUGCAUGGACUGAAGCAAUACUCAUUUAUAUAAAAAUGCCAAUAUUAAUGUUUCAACGUGUGUGCUGAAACCUGUAUGUAUCUUUUAUGCCAUAAAUUCCAAUGUUUAUAGUUAUUAUUUAUAGUAUUGAAAGAUUGCAUUACAUGGAUGAAUGAGCAGAAUGUCUGUGUGAAGAUGGAACAUAAACUGCAUAGACUGAAUGCUGUUUAGGUGACCAAUUCUGACUUGGACAUUUGAUUGGUGCAGACCUUUGUACAGUUAUCUAUACAAGCUGUAUAUUUACCUUAUAUUCUCCCAAAAUAUUUUUAUUGUAUUAAAGAUUAUUUAGCUAUAA